GACCAGGAAAAGGCGCAUGCGUGAAGAAGGGAACGAUGGUGGACAGGUAGGCAACACAUCAAGCUUGAUGAUAUCUAUCGACUAGCGAUCGAUUUCCAACAGUUCACUAGAACUAAUAGAUCGUAUAUCACUUAUUUGCAGCUACUAGCAUUGUAGCUAGCUUCCGUAGAACGAAGCCCUGGAACAUACAAAAAUGCCGAACAUUAAGAUAUUCAGCGGUAGCUCGCAUCGGGAACUGUCUCACAAAAUUGCUGACCGUCUUGGGAUGGAACUCGGGAAGGUUGUCACCAAGAAAUUCAGCAAUCAAGAAACAUGUGUUGAGAUCGGGGAGAGUGUCCGUGGAGAGGAUGUCUACAUUGUACAGAGCGGCUGUGGGGAGAUCAAUGAUAAUCUGAUGGAGCUGCUGAUUAUGAUCAAUGCGUGUAAGAUCGCCUCGGCCUCCCGGGUCACAGCCGUCAUCCCCUGCUUCCCCUACGCACGGCAGGACAAGAAGGACAAGGUGGGGAGUCGAGCGCCCAUCUCAGCCAAGCUGGUGGCUAACAUGCUGUCUGUGUCUGGGGCUGAUCACAUCAUCACUAUGGACCUCCACGCCUCACAGAUCCAGGGUUUCUUCGACAUCCCGGUGGAUAACCUGUAUGCUGAGCCUGCUGUACUGAAGUGGAUCAAGGAGAACAUCGCAGAGUGGAAGACCUGCACUAUCGUCUCUCCAGACGCAGGGGGAGCCAAGAGAGUGACGUCCAUAGCGGACAGGCUCAAUGUGGACUUUGCUCUGAUCCACAAAGAGAGAAAGAAGGCCAAUGAGGUGGAUCGCAUGGUGCUGGUCGGGGACGUCACGGACCGGGUGGCCAUCUUGGUGGAUGACAUGGCAGACACCUGUGGUACUAUCUGUCACGCGGCCGACAAGCUGAUCUCAGCUGGUGCUACCAAGGUGUAUGCCAUCCUGACCCACGGUAUCUUCUCUGGCCCGGCCAUCUCCCGCAUCAACAACGCCUGCUUCGAGGCCGUGGUCGUCACCAACACUAUCCCUCAGGAGGAGAAGAUGAAGACCUGUCCUAAGAUACAGGUGAUUGACAUCUCUAUGAUCUUGGCAGAGGCCAUCCGCAGGACCCACAACGGAGAAUCUGUCUCCUACCUCUUCAGCCACGUUCCCUUGUAACAUCACACAACAGAACAUUCAGAACAGACACAGCCAUAUCUCAUGCAGAAUAGGGACUUUGGGGAACAGAUAUGAUUGUCUUUCAGGUAGACUAAGGAAAGCAGAGUAGGCUCUUCAUUUCUAUGCCCAGUAUUCUGUAAUGUUUCUCAUCACUGAAUAGAAUCCAGCCCUACUAUUCUGUUACACCAGAAAGAGGAGGAGCGGGAAUGUCCUAUACAAACACCAGUGUUGGGCUCGAUUCCAUUUCAAUUCCAGUCAAUUCAAGAAGUAUACAGACGAGAGGUCGACCGAUUAUGAUUUUUCAACGCCGAUACCGAUUAUUGGAGGACAAAAAAGCAGAUAAUCGGCCGAUUUUAUUAGGAAAAAAAUGUUUUAUGUAUCUAUAUAUCAUACACACACAUUUUUUUUGUAAUAAUGACAAUUGCAACAAUACUGAAUGAACAAUGAACACUUAUUUUAACUUGAUACAUAAAUACACACACACACAGCUCUGAAGUGACAAUGAUACUGAAGAGUCUGCUUAGGAGACAAAUACUCUCAGCUGUUUGAAUAAAAAUAGAGUUUAAGUUACCUGUGAUGAAUGUUGAAAACAAAAACUAAUUUCUAUAUGGAGGAAAUCCUAUUUUAAUAAUGGACAUGGUAAGAAUUGACAACCAAAGUGCGAGUCAUAAUUCCCAUAACACCUAGCAAAAUCUGAAAAGAAGCAGUUCCUUCAUUUAAUCCAUAGGAUAUUUUUAGAUUCACUUAAAAUAAGGUCUGUUUCGUGUAGGCUUACACCACGUUGCCAAUUUUAUAACUGUGUAGAUAUCCAUAGGACAAAGUAACUCUGAUCAAUAUUGGCUAAAUAUAAGCGAAGAUCAUUUUUUUUGUAGAGUGGAUUUCUGAAAAUAUGUUGACAAACGUUAUCCUAGUGAGAUUUACACAGGUGUCAACGCCGAGGCGGUUUAAGUCUGUACGAAACACAGACCUUAUUUGAAGUAGAUGAAGACAUUCUCUAUGGAAGACAUGAACGGUAAAAUAACGAAGGAACCCCUUUCAAGUUCAGCCGCAAGUUAUUAUAGGAAUUAUAACGCGUCGACUAUUUCUCUCUAAACCAUAUACCUUUGACUAAUCUGGAAACUAUCACCUCAAAAACAAAACGUUCCCCCGUUCCGUAUUUUAUCUAACGGGUGGCAUCCAUGAGUCUAAAUAUUCCUGUUACAUUGCACAACCUUCAAUGUUGUCAUAAUUACGUAAAAUUCUGUCAAUUUAGUUCGCAAAGAACCAUGCGGCCCAAACUGUUGCAUAUACACUGACUCUGCGUGCAAUGAACGCAAGAGAAAUGACACAAUUUCACCUGGUUAAUAUUGCCUGCUAACCUGGAUUUCUUUUAGCUAAAUAUGCAGGUUUAAAAAUAUAUACUUCUGUGUAUUGAUUUUAAGAAAGGCAUUGGUGUUUAUGGUUAAAUACACAUUGGAGCAACGACAGUCAUUGUUUUUUUUAUAAGAUAAGUUUAAUUCUAGCUAGCAAUUUACCUUAGCUUACUGCAUUCGCUAACAGGCGGGCUCUUCGUGGAGUGCAAUGUAAUCAGGUGUUAGAGCAUUGGACUAGUUAACUGUAAGGUUGCAAGAUUGGAUCGCCCGAGCUGACAAGGUUAAAAAUCUGUCGUUCUGCCUCCUAGGCCGUCAUUGAAAAUAAGAAUGUGUUCUUAACGGUCUUGCCUAGUUAAAUAAAGGUGUAAAAAAAAAAAAUCGGAAAAUCGGCGUCCCAAAAUACAGAAUCCGCCCCCCGAUUUAUCGGCCAUUCCGAUUAAUCGGUCGACCUCUAAUACUGACAUUGAAGAUAAUUGGAAUCAGGAAAAUGUGGAAUUGGAUUUGGAAUUAGGUUUACUUUCUGAAUUGAGGUUUAAAUUGAAUUGACCCCAACUGGGAGAAACUCCCCCAUUUAUAUUAGCAUCGCUCUGCUGCUAUUGCUAACUAACCACAUAGUAAUUAGGAUUAAUGUUUAUUAAUAAUGAUGACAUGUUCAUUUUGAGUCCCUCUCUCACCCGUAAACAGUGUUUGCAUCCCAAAUGGAACCUUUUUCCUACAUAGUGAACUUCUUUUGACUUGUGCCCUAUGGGCCCUGGUCAAAAGCAGUGCACUGCAUGGGGAAUAGGGUGCCAUAUGGGACAUGUCUAUCAGGGACAAAAGAGGUCAGUGUUGAUUAUUUAUUGUGAGUGGGUGAACUCACCUAAAGCCAACAGUUGUUCAUAAUAAUGCUGUUACAAUACUUCUGUUACAAAAAGAGGGCGAGAGACAGUUGGAUGCUGACUGACUUCAGGUAUUUUAUUAUUUUGUUUUUCUUUUUGGUUCGGUUGAAAGAUGAGACUCAUAAUGUGUUAAGUGAAUGAGUUAUAGUUGACAGUGCCACUGAUGUUCAUCUGGGUGAUUCAUAAGUCUUUUUAAAGGGGCAAUCUAGGAUUGGUACUUCUAAUUUCUGGACAUAAUGGUAAAUAGCCCACUGAUUCUUGAAGAUUUUAACUUAUAAAUGCCUCCUCCAUGAUCUGCAUCCCUAGCUCUGUCUAGGAAUUUGAGAAUGGGUACAUAACUCCAACCUCAUCCCUCACCUGUUGACCUAAACAAGUAUGGGGGGGGGGGGGGGCUUUUCUAAUUGCAGAUUGCCCUUCUUAAGACUAUUGGGAAUCGUUCUUUCAGUGGGUGCAGAGGAGGCAGGUUUUGGUCUUCGAUGUUGCCGUCUAGAAGCUGUUGGUUUUUAGCUCUGCAGGAUGGAGCUUCCUAGAAAAGUAUCUUCUAUUUUUAUUUACUUAAUUUCUUUCAAUAACAUUUGUAUAAUAAACUCUCGAAAGAGUGGUAUCUGUCUGACUUUAAAGUUUCAUGUAUAGUUGAAGUUGUACGUUUACAUACUCUUAGGUUGGAGUCAUUAAAACACAUUUUUCAACCAC